GUAUGGAUAUUUUUUGCGCGUACUUCUCCACCAUCGUCAGAAUGUCUCUUCGACAAAACCAUACAAAAUGGCGGACCGUCAAGGAGUGAUAAAAAGUGUUUGGGAAAACGACAUUCAAUGGUCAGCCAGAAGAGAGUUUAUCGAAACACACCGAAGAACAAUUCCUAUCGGGCAGUUGGAAGCCUUAUCUAUGGUUUGGGCAAAUAUGAAAUUUUUAGGUUGUCGUUACCCUGAACAAACAGAAGAAAGAGUUAGACAUUUAGAGUCCAGCUGUAGUCAAGCUAUGGACAUUCCUGCUGAAAUAAAACGCAAACAAGACGAAGGAAAGAAAAAGCCAAUCAUCAAAGGCUUGACACUUUAUGCCCGAGAUUCGGCGGGGCCCGAGAACCCGAUAAGUUUGUUGCACGGCAGCGCUCACAGGUCUAAAAAGAGGAUAGAAUUUCAGGAACUGGGUCAAAAACAAGGGCAAUUCUCUUGUGCGGUUGUUAUUGAUGAUAUUUUGAUAGCAACAGGAGAAGCAGCAAACAAGAAGGAAGCGAAACGUCAGUGCGCAGAACGGGCGGUCCAAAUAUUGCGAGCAUGCCAACCAGUCGUUGACGAACUGGUGUUACAUCAAAAAGCUCAGGUUGUUAAGAAAGAUCAUUUGGCAACAGGGAGGGAGCUAGACGCCCCACGAAUCAGCGAAAAUAACCUUGGCAGUCAAAUGUUACGUAAAAUGGGUUGGACCGGUGGGGGGUUGGGGUCAGAGGGGAAGGGUCGGGCAGAUCCCGUCUUGGUAGAUGAAACACAAGGUAGGCGGGGGCUUGGUCGAGAUGCGGGUGAUGGGUCAGUUAAUAAAAACUCAGUGAAGAACACUGUUAGGAAUUUUAUCAUGGACAAUAAGAAAAAUGAGUUACGAUUUUCAAGUGAUUUAUCUAAAGAAGAUCGAGCAAUUGUGCAUACGAUUUGUCAACAGCAUGGCCUCCGACACAAAUCAUUUGGCACAGGAAAUAACAGAUAUCUCGUCAUUAGUAAACAUUAGUACCACCAUCGUGUCUGUGUGUAACAAUGAAUUCAAUUGUUUUUGUAAUCAUCAGAAAAAAAUCUG